ACCCCACCGCUUUUAUGUCAAAAGAAGUUUAUACUUUUAUAAAUUUAAAGUUAAACGCUUUUAGAAACAUUACUUCAUUAUGGUUUGAUAUUUUAUAAUGUCUUUGAAGAAGGCAGUUACCUUAUGGAAUGAAGCUGUUAUCCUUUCUCAACGAGGGAAAUAUGAAGAAUCGAUUGACACAUUUCAAAACAUUGUUUCACAAUCGGCAAAAAUCCAGUACAACAUUGGCUGUGUGAAUCUGUUUCUCACACGAUAUGUCAACGCUAUCAAAAGUUUUGAUGCAGCCCUUGGACAUGAUCGUUUUUUGGCAGUGGGUUACUUUCAGCGAGCAGUUGCCAAGUUUCACCUUCACCAGUAUGCUGAGGCAGAUCAAGAUUUGAACCUGGCCAGACAGAACCUACGUGGUGAACUAUUUAUUGAUUAUCAUCAGCUCGGACUUCCAUUUACUCUCUAUCUUUAUCAGAUAGUGCAAAACCUGGCUGUCAUUCAGCUAAAGCAAGGUAACGAAUCUGCGGCACAUCGCCUGUUUCAGGAGUCGGUCAACCUGCAGUCACAGAAGAGUUCCCAACCCAUUCCACAGUAUUCAAGCAGAAAUGGACUAAAGCUGUUUGAGUUGCCACACAACAGUGCCUUGUUCUGUCCUCCAAAAUCUAUGGUUGACAACCUAGAAAAAAAGGAUUUUCUAGGCAAGGCAAAGGUGGUUUCGUCUGUGAUAGAGCAUGACACAUUUGUUGGUUUUGAAGGAAACAGAAAGUCUCAUUCAGUACCAGGCUCUCCAGUGAUACCGCACCAGCUAGCUAUAAGUCGGUCACGCACGCCACCCCUCCCCUCUAGACCACCCCCAAGACUGCCAGCCCAUGCACACAGUAAGGUGGAUUGUUGUGUGUCACAGACAGAAAGAACAGCUCCUAAAUGUAGACCUCCACCACCAAGAAGGACGGCUCCCCGGCUGUGUGUUAACUCCACAACUACGACAGAACAAUCGAACUUAAACAGAUAAUACCAAGCGAGCAGUUUCACACACCAAGUAACAUGCAAAAAAACACCAAGAAGAAAAAAAGGCUAACUGAUGAAAGAUGACUGGAAUCUCUGCCACGUUUUAUCUUUGGGAGACUACAAGGCCAUCAUGGUUAGCUGCUUGCCUGUCCUGCAGAGGCCAGUAUAGGCUAAUAGGGCACAGAACAUUAUAGUCAGUUUUAAAGUGAAGGUUAAUCAGUUAUAAAUGCUUUGGAGGAGUGAUGCUUUGGAGGAGUGGUGCGAAGAGUUGUUGUAUCUGUGGGCAAUGGUGAUGGCUUUCUUACAUUAUUUUAAGGGACGGGACGUAGCUCAGUGGUACUGCCCAGCUCUGUGUCUUCACUGACAUGCUACCCAGGCACAAUUGCUCAUUGUGAGUGUUCUGAGCAUAGUGAAUUGUCAUCAUAUUUUUAGCAUUUGAAAGGCAAACAUGUUUUUGUGCCAAAAAAAACCCCUAUUUAAUUUAAUGUCAGACUUGAUGCUCACUUUUUGUAUGAUUAUUAAUAAUUUAUUAUGCACUUAAUGUUAUUAUGUGAGUUGUAAAACCCAUGUUUUCAGAAUGUUUGAACAAAUAUGUGACCAGUGAAAUAUAGAUGCAUUUAUGUUUGGUAGCUCAAGUAUAGAUAUGAAUGUACUGGUACUCAGUUCAUUGUUUGUAAGCAACUGUAAGACAUUGUUACUGAUAUGAAGGGUUAGACUAGUACUUCCAACAUUUAUUCCAUGUGAACAUUCCCUGGCCUUGUUAAUAGUUCUGUUACUAAAAUAAAGAAAUGCUCAUAUUUCAUUGACUCGUAAACACCAAAUUAAUUGAAGUACAUGCUUGCAAUUGAAUGAUAUUUAUGAAAUUCAGUUUGAUACUUUAUUCCUCCAUGAAAAGGUGACCUGAAUAUACUAACAAAUAGAGAUUACAGAUUUUACUUCCAAGUAUCAUAGGUUUUAGUGACCAUUUUUUAGGAACCAUCCUUAGCAACAUAUAUUUAUAAUAAUUAGACUGUUUCAAGCUGUUUGAUCAAAUAUAACUUUUGUCAGGUCAUAAUUGUUUUGUAAUUCAAGGAAAUGACUGUGUGACAACAGACUUCUCAAUGAAAAAAUCAUUGAUGGGAGUGAUUAAUUUCUCCCCUAAUUUAGGUUAAUAGGAGUCAUUUAAGAUAAUAUUAAUAUCAUAUUGAGCAUUGAUCAUUAACAUAGGUACAGGCUCCCAUUUUGUAGGGUGCAGAUUGAUAUUUGCCCGAAUUAAAUGAAAAUGCCAGAAUCUGGAUAACAACAUUAUUCAUAUUUACAUAACUACCAAACUGCUAUAUAGGGUUCCAAAUGAAUCACUAAUCACAUAGAUUACAACUAAUAUUGCGAGUAAAAUGAUGGAAAUACAUGGUAAAAACUUUUCAAGCCAGUUCAUUUUGUUUAAAUUUCUCUGUGAUGUUUGCCUGUAUGUGAUGAUUUGCUCCAGAACUUGGGGGACAGUUGACCACCAUGACACCCCAUCUUGUACAUUAAUGAUAUUUAAUCCUUUUGUAAUACUAAUUGUUUGAAUUUCACAAACUAAGGGGAGGUUAAUACAUUACUCUGUUUGAACUAUAGUCUCACAGGUGGAGAGUGAUAAAAGAAUGGUUCCCUGAAACAGUGAGGUAUGUGAUACAAAUAAUUUAUUUGACAAACAGCUUGAAAUACAUGUAGGAUGUUUAUAUAUAUUUUUUUUAAAUUGAGACACAGUAUUAACUGUUCAUCAGUAUUAAACAAUAUUGUUUGGUAGUCGUGUGUUUUAUUUAAAUUAGUGAAUCACAGUGGGUAAUGUUGAUGAUUGUUAAAAACACUAUGGACCUUUCAUUAUUUACCGUCCAAAGAAAUUCAAUAUUUGUCUUUUUCAGAUAUACACAUAUCUAGUCCAUAUUUGUAUCCCUGGUGCAAAGGUCAUGUGUUUGACCUACUGUUGUGAGUUUUAUCCACAUUUCGUCAUUUGGUGUCUAGUCCUUUAUAAUUGUAAAAUAUAUGUAAUACGGUGUCCUUCAUUUAUCCCUUUACUUUGGAUAUUAUCUCACGCGUGUCACGAUAGUUAGCUAUUAUGAUACUGACCUACAUCUAAAACAUUUUACACAUUAAAGCUGCAGUCCCUGGAAUAUUUUGUAAGCAUUUGAUGAUAUGCAUUCACUCGCGAGUGAAUUAAAAGUGCAGUUAUGUUUGUAUUUGAACUUAGAACUUGAUUUUAUAAGAUUGAAACCAGGGGCGGUAGCUUUAAUGUUCUACCUUCAUAACAGAUUAAUUCCAUUUUGUAGGGACUUUUUAACUAUAAACAGCAACAUUCAUUGGACAAGUAGCCUCCUGCUUUGAAACAUAUUCAACACCAUGGCCAUUUAUGGGUAGAUCCACAUUUUUAGGAAACCAUAAACAUUUAUUGACAUAACAUGAGCAGGUAUGUGAUGUUUUGAGGUAGUUUUUAAUAUGUUUUAAAAUAUAAUGUUUUGAUAUUUGUCUUUCACAUUUUGAUAUGCAGUCAUAAAAAUAUACUUUAAUAAAGUUAUUGGUUUUAAAAGGA